AUGUCCGCGGAGAGCCGACUUGUCGGCACGACGCACAUCGUGACCUUCCCCGGCCUGGCCUUCGCCAGCCCCCGCGGCAUCUUCACAACCGCCACCCGCUCUGCCGCCAUGGUAGCCAACUGGGUCGACCGAAUCAUCGUCGCUUACGGCACUCGUGGCCCUCUCAACCCCCAAGUCGUCGGCCUCAUCGUCAUGUCCCAGCCGGAACUGCACGUCAGCGACAACUACCCCAUCGCCCUCCUCCAGCUCUGCGUCGGCAGCGACUGCCUAAUCUACCAACUCCUGCACCGCGAUGCCGCCCACCCUCCCGAACUAGAAAAUUUCUUCAAAGACCCCCGCUUCUGCUUCGUCGGCGACGCCGUGAACGAGCACGCCGAUCGGCUGCUGUCGGAGCAGGGGCUCUUGGUGAGGAAUACGGUAGAUUUGGCGGACGCAGUGGCGGAGCGUCUGCGGCGCCCGGAACUGCGGUCAGCCAGGCUAGACCGGCUGAUGAGGGAGGUGAUGGGGGCGGAGAUAGAGAUGCCGGAGGACGUCCGGCUGAGCUCGUGGCAGCAACGCGUGCUGCAGCCACACCAGGUCGCCUACGCGUGCGCCGACGCAUUCAUCUCCUACCAGAUUGGGAUGGUUUCUUUUUUGGUUCUCUAA